UGGAUAGACGGAAGAGAAAAGAAUUGGAUGUGGAUGGGGAGAAGAAAAGGAAAGAAAAGGAAAGAAAAAGAGACGGUGGAGGAGAUUCGGGAUGGGGCAGUUGUUAGCGGCAGGUUGAAGUCGUGAGAGGAGGCAGGGACUGCUAUGGGACAUUCCCCUCUUCCGAUUCCGACUAUCUAUGCUUCAUGUUUCAUGAUGAUUUGCUGUGGAAACGGAUUAGUUCAUUGACUGUGUGGCUAGCAGCAUGUAUCCUGUAUCCAACCCCCUCAAACCGUCCUCCGUUUGAAACCAUCGUGACACUCCCCGCUACUCUCCUGCCAUAUGUAGCACCCAUAUCUCUGCCGUACCAUCUCACCAAUAAGUCUCCAUCCAUUCUGUAUUACUUGUUCCGUUAUCCGGUUGUCCCCAUCUGGAAUCUCGGUCGUAAUUACUGGCCUCAUGCCCCCGUCGUUUGUAGGUUUGUUUCGUUCUCGUCGUUGCCGAAACCCGAGAUUGGUUCCUACUUCCCUCAAUUUCCGGCGCCUCCGGUGAUGGAACUACCGCCGCGGGAGGGGCCUGUCAAGUUUUGGUGUCGCUGGUUAGUUAAAUGAGGGCUCAGGGCAGGAUUGCCACUGGGGAUUGACUGAUUAGUGACGAUAGUGGCUUACAACCAGAAUGCCAUCAUAAUGGAAUCUUGAUCAUAGCUUUCAUCACGUUGCUGGGACAUCGGAUGCACUUCGACGCCACUUUCCG